UCGACGAGACAGUAUCGCUUCCUUACCGUUUUAAUAUAUUGUGUUGUUUAUUUAUAUUAUACUAAUAUUUUAAUGUGUUACUUUUAGAAAUAUACGUUAACCAAAGAACACAAAAGUGGCGACGAGGAGAAAAAAAAAACGCCUGACAACGUAGACACACAAAAGCACGUUAGAAGAUACACGAUGCUGAACUCAGAUGACCCCAACAGUGACCAACAGCCAUCGCGGAGCAGCCAUGAAAGCCACCGGCAAAGCAGCGUCCCUGAUCCGAGUACCGCUUGGAUACAUGAAAUGUUCAAGCAGCAGCAGAGCAUCCUACACCAACAGCAGGAAGCAUUUAUGAAGCAGCAGGAAAGUUUUUUAACCCGGAUGAUGUCGUCGAUGAACGUGCGUGAGCCGAACGGGCCGGAGUUUUUAGUCGAAUCAUUGGCGAAACAAGUGACGGAGUUUCGGUACGAUCCUGAGGAAAAUGUUACCUUUGCUGCGUGGUAUAGGCGGUUCGAGGGGCUUUUUGAGAAGGAUGCUGCUAAAUUGCCAGAUGAUACCAAGGUGCGAUUGUUGUUGCGGAAACUUGGAGUGGCAGAACAUGAGCGGUACAACAGUUAUAUAUUGCCGCAGAAAGCAAGUGGUUUUUGUUUCGAGGAAACAGUAGUGAAACUGCGCGCGCUGUUUGGAUCGAAAGAAUCGUGCGUCAGCAAGCGAUAUAAGUGCUAUCAAAUGCAAAAAACGAGCUCUGAGGAUUACGUUACGUUUUCGUGCCGGAUAAAUAAGGCUACCGAAGAAGUGGAACUAGCCGGGCUCAGCAUAGAGACACAGAAGUGUUUGAUUUUCGUGUGUGGCCUGAAAGAUGAGCAGGAUGCCGAUGUGCGCAUGAAAUUGCUGAGCCGUAUGGAAGAAAAGAAGGAUAUUACUCUGGCACAAUUAGCGGAACUGUGUGAAAAACUAACGAACCUCAAAAGAGAUACAACCUUGCUUGCGGGUGAAAGUAAAGUCCAAAUGAUUGGCCAAGAAAAGUGUCGAAGCACUAAGGGAAAGUGGCAAGGUAGUCGGAAGCUACACCAACGUCCGGAAAAGCAGUGUAGAGUGCAAUGUUUUUUAUGCGGCGAAGGCCACUGGGCCAGAAAAUGCACAUUUAAGCAUCAUAAAUGCAGCAAGUGUUUUAAGUUUGGACAUAAGGAAGGAUUUUGCAAUGCAGCGUCUCGGUGGACGAACAGAAUGAGGCAAAAUCGCAAUGUAAGAAGCGUGACGGUUAAUACGGUCAGGAGUGGACGUGGAUGCGUCAGAGUUGUCAUCAAUGGCACACCGUUGGAAAUGAUGCUUGAUACAGGCGCUGAUAUAACGAUUAUUUCGCGUAGACUGUGGCAUCAUGUUGGAAAACCUGUAUUGAAACCUUCAAUGGUUAAAGCGAGAACUGCAUCUGGUGAUUUGUUGCACAUCUUAGGCGAAUUUGCUGGUUCCAUGAUCGUAGCGGAACAAUGCAUGAGUUGCGUGAUUCGAGUAACUACGGCGGAUUUGGCACUUUUUGGGAAAGAUGCCAUGGAUAUAUUCAACCUUUGGGAUGUGCCGUUGACGUCAGUUUGUAAUCGCGUUGGUUUGGAUGAACCGUGCAGUGCAAUAUUACAGAAGGAGUUCCCAAAACUUUUUUCCGGCAAGCUAGGUUGCUGCACUAAGGCGAAAAUUCAGUUGGAGCUGAAAGAAGGUGCAACGCCUGUUUUUCGUCCGAAGCGGCCUGUAGCCUAUGCGAUGUUUCAAGCGGUGGACAAGGAGUUUGAACGGCUGGAAAACGAUGGAAUAAUUUCCAAAGUGGAUUAUUCAGAAUGGGCGACGCCAAUUGUUGUUGUGCAUAAGUCAAACGGAACUAUACGAGUGUGCGGAGACUACUCGACGGGCUUGAACGACAUGCUGCAACCUCACCAAUACCCGCUUCCUCUUCCUCAAGACAUAUUUGCAAGUCUGGCCACCUGUACGGUUUUUAGCCAGAUAGACCUUUCGGAUGCUUUCCUUCAAAUAGAGGUCGAGGAACUUUGCCGGAAACUGCUAACUGUUAAUACACAUAGAGGUUUGUACGCGUACAACAGAUUACCCCCAGGGGUGAAAACAGCACCGGGUGCUUUUCAGCAGCUGAUGGAGGUUAUUCUGGCAGGUCUGGGUGGCGUUGCUGUUUAUUUGGACGACAUUGUGGUUGGUGGACCAAAUGAAGAAGCCCAUAUGAAAAAUCUUCGAGCUGUGCUUAAAAGAAUUGAGGAAUAUGGCUUCACCAUACGAUUGGAUAAAUGUUCGUUCCAAAAGAAGCAGAUAAAGUACUUGGGCCAUUUGUUAGAUUCGAAGGGACUUCGACCAGACCCUGCUAGGAUUGAAGCUAUCCUCAACUUGCAAGUUCCUACUGAUGUAACAGGAGUGAGCUCGUUCCUUGGAGCAGUGAACUAUUACGGCAAGUUUGUAAGAAACAUCAGUAUGCUACGUCAUCCGCUGGAUAGUCUUCUUAAGGAAGGAGCGAGUUUUACGUGGACAAAACAAUGUCAAGAUGCUUUUGAUCAGUUCAAGGCAAUUUUUUCAUCAGACCUGCUCCUGACUCACUACGAUCCGCGUCAAGAGAUAAUAGUUGCGGCGGAUGCCUCUUCCUUCGCAUUAGGAGCGACUAUUAGUCAUAGGUUCAAAGACGGGUCGAUCAAGGUUGUGCAGCAUGCAUCACGGACGUUGACCAAAACAGAACAAAAGUAUAGUCAACCAGAUCGAGAGGGUUUAGGCAAAACUGGUAUUCCAGUGUAUACUGCCAACCGGUUACAGCGUUAUGCAUUAACGCUGCUUCUGUAUGAUUUUCAAUUGGAGUACGUGCCUACAGACAAGUUUGGUAAUGCCGAUGUGUUGUCGAGACUAAUAGCUAAACAUGAAAAACCUGAAGAUGACUACAUGAUCGCAAGCAUUGAAAUAGAAGAAGACUUACGAUCUGUUGUGAACAGUGUGAGUAAAGCCCUACCGUUGAAGUUCAGUGAUGUUGAACGCGAAACGAAAAAUGAUGCUCAAUUGCGGAAGGUGUAUGAAUUCACUAGAAAUGGAUGGCCACAUGCAGCAGUGAGAGACAGGACUUUGAGCAAUUUCCACAAUAGGCGUGAGUCCUUAUCUACAUUUGGUGAUUGUCUCCUUUUUGGAGAAAGGUUGAUAAUACCAUCGUCGCAGCGAUACAAAUGUUUGCAGCAGCUACACCUAGGCCAUCCAGGGAUAGAACGGAUGAAGGCCCUGGCUCGAAGCUAUGUGUACUGGCCUGGCCUUGAUUCGGAGAUUGAGAGCCUUGUUAAAUCGUGUCGACAGUGUGCAAUGGCAGCCAAAUCACCUGUAUCUAGUUUACCAAUCUGUUGGAUGAAAGCGAAUGCGCCGUGGCAGCGAGUGCAUGUGGACUAUGCAGGUCCUAUCGAGGGUGAUUAUUUUCUGCUAGCGAUCGACUCUUUUUCAAAGUGGCCGGAAAUCAUCCCUACCAGGACAAUAUCAUCAACAGCCACCAUUCGCAUUCUUCGCAAUAUAUUUGCACGUUUCGGUAUGCCAACUGUCCUCGUGAGCGAUAAUGGAACUCAAUUCACAAGCGCAGACUUUGCAGAGUUCUGUAACACAAAUGGUGUUGAGCAUAUCCGUACGGCACCCUUUCAUCCGCAGUCGAACGGACAGGCGGAAAGGUUCGUCGACACCUUCAAAAGGGCGCUUAAGAAGAUAAGAGAAGGGGGAAGUAGCGUAUCAGAAGCAUUAGAUACCUUUCUAUUGACAUACAGGAGUACGCCGAGCAAACUGUUGGAGCAGAAAUCGCCUGCUGAAUUGAUGUUCAGCCGAAAGAUAAGAACUUGCUUGGAACUGCUACGUCCACCACAAAGAUUAGAUCCUGUAUCAGAAGGUAAUCCGAGAAAAUUUAAGAUGAACGACCUGGUGUAUGCAAAGCAAUAUCGUCGGAAUAGCUGGAGAUGGGUUCCAGGUAUGAUCAGCGGACGCAUCGGUAGAGUGAUGUAUGAAGUAACUAUUGAGCAAAACAGGAAGAUACGUUCACACGUUAACCAGUUGCAGAAACGAGUUGAUAGAAGUAACACCAGUAAGGUCGCAGCCCAGCUGGAUAACACUUCAAAUACGUCGUUGCCUUUGAAUGUGUUGUUAGAUGCAUGGAACAUGGUUGAGGAAGUCCACUAUCCAGACGCUUAUCAAAUUUCUAGUCAACAUGUGGCAGAAACUGCAAAAGAUUCUUCACCGUCAUCGUCAUCGUCUCACACCCCAUCGUCAUCGUCUCCAGCCCCAUCGUCAUCGUCCCCAACUUCAUCGUCAUCAUCAUCGCAGCGGUCUGCAAAAGCGUUCUUGUCACCGACCUCGCCAGGGUUUGAAACGGCUGACAGUGGCACGCCUUCGCCUGUACAACCUCUACGUCGAUCUUCGCGGGUUCGAAGAUCACCUCAGUGGAUGGCAGCGUACAAGCGAAUCUAA